ACCAAUUUUUACAACACGAGUAUAGUUGGAGUGGAAAAGUUUAAGUCGCGGGCAAUCCCUACCAGAAGUCUAAAAAUAGAUAUAUAGCGUUGGGGUCGUCAGUGCAACUCGUUUUGAUAAAACUUUCCACAAGUUAUACAUUGGUUACACACUUCGGUAGCCGUAGAGCAUCGAGAAGGAUGCAGAAUAACAAUCAAACCAACAUUAAGAUGGGAGAGAAGAUGUUGUGCGCCGGAACCGCUGCUUGUGUGGCCGAUAUCAUAACAUUUCCACUCGAUGUGGCAAAAGUUAGGCUACAAAUCGCUUCCUCGACAGUGAAAAAGUUGGGCGCAAGUGUUUUGGCACUUCAAGCAACUGGAAUGGGUCCGCAAUAUAGUGGACUCGUUGGCACUUUGUUUGGUAUGGCUCGCACUGAAGGUGUUAAAAGUCUUUACGGCGGUAUAGGACCCGGAUUACAACGACAGUGCGUUUUCGCAUCACUCCGAGUGGGACUCUAUGAACCCGUAAAGGAUAUGUACACAAAACAUCUUAAUUUAGGAGAAAGUGCUACUUCUGUGAUGAUGAUCAGAAUUGCUUCAGGAAUUACCACGGGUGCGAUUGGCAUCACAUUUGCUCAGCCAACAGAUGUGGUAAAAGUACGAAUGCAGGCCCAGAGUAGGGGUUCUGGAGGUGUAAAAUAUCACGGUUCACUACACGCCUAUCAAACCAUUUAUAAGUCUGAAGGCAUUAAAGGCUUGUGGAAAGGUUUGGGACCUAAUAUUUUGCGUAAUUCUGUGGUAAACGCCGCGGAACUCGUCUGUUAUGACACAUUCAAAGAAUUGCUGUUAAGUUACGGAAUAUUCAGAGAUGGACUUCCCUGUCAUUUCAGCGCUGCAUUCACUGCUGGAUUUUGCGCUACUUUGGUGUCCAGUCCUAUAGAUGUGGUGAAGACGCGGUACAUGAACUCGACGGGACAGUACUCUAGUGUAUUACAUUGCGCUCAGACUGUGGCCAAACAGGGCUUCUUUGGUUUCUAUAAAGGCUUCACGCCAUCGUUCAUGCGAAUGGGCUCUUGGAAUGUCUGUAUGUUUGUAACGUUUGAACAGUUGAAGAGAUUGAACGCAUCGUUCAAAAGUGAGCGUCAGUCCCGAUCAAGCAAAUCAACUCUUGUAGGUCUGGCAAAACAGGCAACUCUUUGA